AUGGCUCGCCUCGCCAUGGGCUGGCGCAAGCCCGACAACGUGGCCGGCUCUUCCGCACCGGCCAUCAUGGUCGGCUUCUUUGUCGCCACCGGUGGACUGCUCUUCGGCUACGAUACCGGGUCCAUCAACGGCAUUAUCGCCAUGAGUGCCUUCCGGAAACAGUUUGGUACCGACCGACAUGCAGAUCCCCCCAUGCCUCUCUCCUCUGACAGAUUGGCUGCCAUCAUUGCCAUCCUCAGUGCCGGCACCAUUGUCGGCGCCCUUGCCUCUGCCCCGGCUGCCGACAUCAUCGGCCGCCGGAUAUCCAUGCUCUAUUCCAUCGGCGUCUUUGUUUUUGGCGUCAUAUUCCAGAUCUGCUCGACCAGGAUCCCAAUGCUGCUGGCUGGAAGAUUCUUCUCUGGCAUCGGAAUUGGCGCCGUUUCGGUGCUCGUCCCCCUCUACCAGUCCGAAAUGGCCCCCAAGUGGAUUCGUGGAACGCUGGUGUGCGCCUACCAGCUCUUCAUCACCGUCGGCCUGCUGACUGCCUCGAUCGUCAACAUCCUGACCUACCGCAUGCAGAACGCCGCUGCAUAUCGCAUACCCAUGGGCCUGCAGCUGGCAUGGGUAUGCUUCCUGACCCUGGGCAUUCUUGUCCUACCCGAAACGCCGCGUUACCUGAUCAAGUGCGGCAUGAGAGAUGCGGCCGCGCUGUCUCUAAGCCGGUUGCGCCGCCUGGACAUCACCCACCCGGCCCUGAUCGAAGAGCUGGCCGAGAUCCAGGCCAACCACGAGUACGAGAUGGCCCUGGGCCCCGACACGUACAUGGAAAUGUUCCGCGGCGCCCCCCAUCUCGGCCGGCGCACUCUGACCGGCAGCAUUUUGCAGAGCCUGCAGCAGCUCACUGGCAUCAACUUUAUCAUGUAUUACGGCACCAGCUUCUUCAGCCAGGCAGGCAUAGGCAACGCCUUUUCCGUGUACCUGAUCAUCAACGUCGUCAACGUCGUCUCCACCGUGCCGGGCCUGUUUAUCGUCGAGGCUUGGGGCCGCCGCAAGCUGUUGAUGGCCGGUGCCGUUGGCAUGGCCGUGUCUCAGCUUCUCAUCGCGUCGUUCACCGCCGCCGCGCCUUCGGGACUGGCCCACGCCUCUGUCACGAUCCUGCUGAUUUUCGUCGCCAUCUUUAUCUUCUUCUUUGCCGCCUCGUGGGGCCCUGUGGUGUGGGUCGUCACGUCGGAGAUGUACCCGCUCAAGGUGCGGGCCCGGUCGAUCGCGCUCACGACGUCGGCGAACUGGUGUUUCAACUUUGCCGUUAGCUACAGCACGCCCUUUCUGGUGGACGAGACCCAGGGCUCGGCGGCUCUCGGGUCGCGCGUGUUCUUCAUCUGGGGCACGUUCUGCAUCCUGUCUGUCUUUGUCGUCUACUUUAUGGUGUUUGAGACCAGUAGGCUCAGCCUGGAGCAGAUCGACGAGAUGUAUGAGCGUGUGACCAAAGCAUGGCUUAGCCCGGCGUUUGAGCCGAGCUGGAGCUUCCAGCAGAUGCGCGACCUCGGCUACUCCGAAAGCGGAAUCCCCCCCGAAGUCGCGCACGAGACGGCGCAGGUCCAGCACCACGAGCUCGCCCCAACGACAUCGCAUUCAGAAACGAAUACUGACGUGACCGCAUCAUCUUCAGGCUCAGAGAGCAAGGAGAUCCCGGCCAUGGCAGAUGUCGAUCUUGCAUACUAG